AUGCACUCCGAGAUGCUGUCUUGUGUCUCUUGUGUCUACAAGAGUCUGUACGAUGUGCUGUGUACCCGUGUGAUCUGGGACGAUGAGAACCAUUGCCGCUGCGCCUGGACAUCCGCGGUCCCCUCCCAGAUCUCUACCAUCUCCACAAUGACCGCCGAGAUUGAGGUGCUUUUCCUGAAGCAGAACAUGGCUCCCAGCAAGCUCCAAGGCAAGCCUCGGAAGCUGCAGUGCGAGUGCAGCCAGGAGCCGUAUGUGUGCCGCUGGCUCCGCUACGACGAGGAGGAGGAGCAGUUCAAGGAGCACCGAGUUCCGUUCCCUCCCAUCGAGCCUGCUUACGAUGAGGGGGCUGGGGAGGAGGAGCACCACGGGGAGAGGCUGUCGGCCACCGGCAUUGAGGACCACGACACUGACUACUGUUGGCUGGCUCCGUUCCGCGACUGGCCCCGGGUGGGCGAGGAGCCGGUGGAUGAGCCGGAGGAGGAGGCAAGCAUGACCCCCAACUCCGAAGAGGAGGAGGCGCUCUUCCAGUGCCGCUGCACCUGCGAGAUCAAGCAGCGCGCCUUCCCUCAUCUCUUCACCUACUUGGCUCCCUUCAAGCCGAUCAAGCCCGUGGUUGAGGAGGUGCCUUCCGCCAAGGAUCCAGAGAAGUGCGAAGAGGAAGAAGGCACUGAGGACUUGUUGGCGAAGCCUCCGCCCUGCGGUGUCUCCCUGGCCACCUACCACUGCUGGUUGAAGCCGACACCCCCUCCAAGCGAUCCCGAGUCCGUUACAGAGGAACAGCCACAUAUCGCAGUGCUGGCCCAGGGUGCGAAGCCCAAAGUAGCUGGAAUUUCUAUGGAUGUCACCGUCAAGGGGCAGCACCACCAAAAAGGAAGCGAUGUGGCCAAACCAUCAGGGCCAGCGCCCGCAUCAAAGUCUCGGAGGUCUACCACGAAAACACCCAAUUUAAGGAUUAGUAUGCCAGCCCAAGCUGCAGCUCCUAAGGCACCGCCAAAGCCCGCUCCUACGGCUGUUCCCGCUCCAGCUCUAGCUCCAGCUCCGGUCGCCACUCCUCCAGCGGCCAAGCCCCCGCCAACUCAGGCUCCGGCUCAGGUAAACCAAGAGGAGAAGCUCACAGAGGAGGACAUUUUGAAUAUCAUUGGACUGUAG